AUUUUUAAUUCGACAAUUUCAGCGCUUACUGAUAGUUCAUCCAAACUAGUGUGAUUAUUUUAUUUUAUUAAACCUUAUAAAAUUAAGUUAAAAAUAAAAAAAAAUAAAGAUUUCUUUUUUAUAAAAAAUAAUAGUCGUUAAUAUCUACUUUAUUAUUUUAUAUACCUAUCUAUAUUUUAUAUUAACAAACUUUAUAUAACAUUUUUAACCGGCCUCAUUAUGAGGGUCUAUUUGUUACAAGCUGUCUCGAAUACUAUCAGAAAACAAUGCUAUUCCACCAAAAAUGUGAAGAAGGUUACCCAUUGCAUCUUCGAUAUGGACGGUCUUCUUUUAGAUACCGAGCAGGUCUACAAAAAAAUGAUUACACAGAUCUGUGCCAAAUAUGGUCAUAAUUACACGGAGGAAUUAAUGAUGAAAGUCCUUGGUGGUACAGAACAGAGAUUGUCAGAGAUUCUAUGUAAAGAUUUAAAUCUUCCCAUUACACCUAAGGAAUUUCGUGAUCAGUUAUUAGAGUUGGGUGAUACUAUGCUUGCUGGAAGUCCAUUAUUGGAUGGAGCGGAGAGAUUGAUACGUCAUCUCCAUCAAACCAAAGUACCUUUCGCACUCGCAACAUCGUCCAGUGCACGAUCCGUCGAAACAAAAGUAGCUAAAUACAAGGAACUCUUCAGCUAUUUCAAUCACAUGGUUAUGGGUAGUACAGACAAGGAAGUCAAGUUUGGAAAACCGCAUCCAGAUAUAUUUUUGGUGGCAGCAGCUAGGUUCCCUGACAAACCUAAACCUGAAAAGUGUUUGGUAUUCGAAGAUUCUCCACACGGCGUGACAGCUGGCGUUUCCGCGGGUAUGCAAGUGGUUAUGGUACCAGAUCCUCACUUGGACAAGAGACUCACCACUCACGCCACUAUAGUACUACCGACGCUUGCCAAAUUCCAACCAGAAAUCUUUGGAUUACCGGCUUUCCAGUGACACUAUUGAUUUGUGUAGGAACAAAGAAAUAGAACUGAUCCAAUUUUUAAUUUAUCAAGUAGAAUUUAGAUGAGUGCUUAGUAUUAUGAUUUUUAUGUACAAAAUGAAAGAAAAAUAGGGUUUUUUUUAUUUUGUGUAAUGGUACAUGGUAGUAAUUAGCAUUGUCAUACACAGCCUUUUAUUCUGGUCACUUAUAAGACAACUUUAUGCCAAAGAUACUAGUGGUAGUUGAGGCAAAUGAGUGUUGAUGAAAAGGUAUCUAGACUUUUGUUAAUGUAUGUAAGGACUACAGUUACCCAUCAUGGCUUGAAAAAGCAAUAUCUAUUACUUUUUCUAUUAUAUUUGUCUUGACGAAACAAGAAACACUUGGAAAGUGCUAAUUCGAUGAGUAUAAAAUUGGGUCACAACAAUCUUUGUCUUUUGAGAAAAAGGACUCGAAAUAUCAAGCCUCUCUAUAUUAUAGUUUCGCUGUGCGUUGAUAGAUAGUCAGCCAUUUUGGAUAUUGUUUUUAUAUAUAUAUGGGUAAUCUUUGUAUACAAAACAGAAUAUUUGGUCAGGAUUAAAAGGUUGGCAGCUAAUUUCAAAUUUCAUCUAAACAAGAAAUUUAGCUGCCUUUAUUUGGCAAUUAAGAAACAUUUGUAGGCUGCAGGAGUAUGACUAGCAUUAGCAAUUUUGUAAAAUUAUAAAUUUUUCCAAGUAAUCCCGAAAUAUCAGAUCACUUCAUAUUAUGCUCUGAGACACAAUUAUUAAAAUGUACACAAAUACUGACUGUACUCAAAUUAGUUAGAGAAAUAGAAUCUAUUUUUUUA